AUGUGUAGGAGUACAGAGGAGGAGAGAGAGCAGCAGGCGGGAUUGGGUGGGGAGUCCGGAGAGGAGCAACUCUGCGCCGACUUUCCCGAGCUCGACCUCUCCCAGCUGGAUGCCAGCGACUUUGACUCGGCCACCUGCUUCGAGGAGCUGCAGUGGUGCCCCGAGAGCUCGGAGACCGAACCCAGCCAGUACAGCCCUGAAGACUCGGAGCUCUUCCAGAUAAUCGACAGUGAGAAUGAAGCCCUCCUGGCAGCGCUCACCAAGACCCUGGAUGACAUCCCUGAAGAUGACGUGGGUCUGGCCGCCUUCCCGGCCCUGGAUGGUAGAGAUACACCAUCCUGCACUUCGCCUGCCCCCUCAUCUGCGCCCUCCAGCCCUUCCCUGGAGAGGCCCCCAGCCCCAGCCCCUGAGGUGGAUGAGCUCUCGCUGCUACAGAAGCUCCUCCUCGCCACAUCCUCCCCGACGUCAAACUCCGACACCCAGAAAGAAGGGUCUGCCUGGCGCCAGACAGGCCUCAGGUCUAGAAGUCAGAGGCUGUGUGUCAAGAUGGACAGCACCCAAGACAAGAAGGUCCCCACGACGCAGUCUCAGAGCCGGAGUUGUACAGAACUGCAUAAGCACCUCACCUCCAUGCCGACCUGCCCCCAGGCUAAAGCACGCUCCCCAGAUAGGGGCCUGCAGCCGCCACCCACCCUGAGCCCCCGGCUCCCUGCCAAGGAGGAUGAGGAGCCGGGUGAGGACUACCCGAGCCCCCAGGCAGCUCCAGCCUCCCCCCGGGACUCCCCAGCGCCGGGCAGGGCAGGCCCCGGCGGCCAGGUCUCCCAGGAGGACAUGCAGGCCAUGGUGCAGCUCAUUCGCUACAUGCACACCUACUGUCUCCCCCCGAGGAAGCUGCCCCCACAGGCCCCAGAGCCAGCCCCCCAGCCCUGCAGCAGCCCCUCAAAGCAGAUCAGACCCCGGCCCCGGUCCCAGCACCCUUCCAAAGCCACAUGGGCUGAGUUCUCCAUCCUGAGGGAACUUCUGGCUCAGGAUGUCCUCUGUGAUGUCAGCAAACCCUACCGCCUGGCCACGCCUGUCUACGCCUCCCUCACGCCCCGGCCCCGGCCCAAAGAUGGCCAGGCCUCCCCUGGCCACCAGUCCCCCGUGGAGGAGGUGAGGGUCGCAGCUUCGCCCAAGAGCACCGGGCCCAGACCCAGCCUGCGCCCCCUGCGCCUGGAGGUGAAAGGGCACGUCAGCCGGUCUGCCAGGCUGCAGCGGGAGGAGGAAGAGGAGGAGGAAGGGGAGGAGGAGGAGGAGGAAGAAGAAAAAGAGGAAGAGGAGUGGGGCCGGAAAAGGCCAGGCCGAGGCCUGCCGUGGACCAAGCUGGGGAGGAAGCUGGAGAGCUCGGUGUGCCCCGUGCGGCGUUCCAGGAGACUGAACCCCGAGCUGGGCCCCUGGCUGACGUUCACCGAUGAGUCUGAGUCGCGGGUCCCGGCGGAGCCCCAAGGAGCUCUGCCCUCGUUGCGCUUGGCUCCUGGGGCCUAUGACAUGGAGGGGGAGCUGGGCAGCCCCACGGACGAGGACAGUGGCCAAGACCAGCAGCUCCUACGGGGACCCCAGAUCACAGCUCUGGAGAGCCCCUGUGAGAGUGGGUGUGGGGACACGGAUGAGGACCCCAGCUGCCCGCGGCUCUCUUCCAGAGACUCUCCCAGGUGCCUCAUGCUGGCCUUGUCACAAAGUGAUCCUCCUUUUGGCAAGAAGAGCUUUGAGCAGACCCUGACGGUGGAGCUCUGUGGCACAGCAGGACUCACUCCUCCCACCACGCCUCCAUACAAGCCCACAGAAGAGGACCCCUUCAAGCCGGACAUCAAGCACAGCCCAGGCAAAGACAUAGCUCCCAGCCUCCCCUCCCCCGAGGGCCUGCAGCUUGGGGCCGCCACAGGGGCUGCCCACAAGCUGCCAAAGAAGCACCCAGAGCGGAGUGAGCUCCUAUCCCACCUACGGCAUGCCACAGCCCAGCCAGCCUCCCAGGCUGGUCAGAAGCGCCCCUUCUCCUGUUCCUUUGGAGACCACGACUACUGCCAGGUGCUCAAGCCAGAGGGCGCCCUGCAGAGGAAGGUGCUGAGGUCCUGGGAGCUGUCUGGGGUGCACCUUAAGGACUGGCCCCAGCAAGGUGCCCCGCAGGCUGAGGCGCAGGCCUCCGGCAGGGAGGAAGACAGAAGCGGUGAUGCCGGUGCCUCCCCUAAGAACAGUGUGCUGUUGAGAGACCACGAGAUCCGCGCCAGCCUCACCAAGCACUUCGGGCUCCUGGAGACGGCCCUGGAGGACGAAGACCUGGCCUCAUGCAAGAGCCCCGAAUACGACACCGUCUUUGAGGACAGCAGCAGCAGCAGUGGCGAGAGCAGCUUCCUCCUGGAAGAGGAGGAGGAGGACGAUGAAGAAGAGGACUCAGGGGUCAGCCCCCCUCGCUCUGACCACUGCCCCUACCAGAGCCCACCGGGCAAGGCCAGUCGGCAGCUCUGUUCCCGCAGCCGCUCCAGCUCCGGCUCCUCAUCCUGCCGCUCCCGGUCACCAGCCACCCGAAGGACCUUCAGAUGUGAGAGCAGAGGGCCGUGUUCAGACGGAACGCCAAGCGUCCGGCACGCCAGGAAGCGGCGGGAAAAGGCCAUUGGCGAAGGCCGCGUGGUGUACAUUCGAAAUCUCUCCAGCGACAUGAGCUCCCGUGAGCUGAAGAGGCGCUUCGAAGUGUUUGGUGAGAUUGUAGAGUGCCAGGUGCUGACGAGAAGCAAGAGAGGCGAGAAGUACGGCUUCAUCACCUACCGGUGUUCUGAGCACGCCGCCCUCUCUCUGAGGAAUGGGGCUGCCCUGCGGAAGCGCAAUGAGCCCUCGUUCCAGCUGAGCUACGGAGGCCUCCGGCAGUUCUGCUGGCCCAGAUACACCGACUACGAUUCCAAUUCAGAAGAGGCCCUUCCCACGUCAGUGAAAAACAAGUACGAAGCCAUGGAUUUUGACAGCUUACUGAAGGAGGCCCAGCAGAGCCUGCAUUGAUAACAGCCUUAACCUUCGAGGAAUACCUCAAUACCUCAGACAAGGCCCUUCCAAUAUGUUUACGUUUUCAAAGAAAUUAAGUAUAUGAGAAGGCAAGAGAGCGAGCGCGUGGAAGAACACACGUGAGAGAGAGAGAGAGACUUGAAACUGCUGUCCUUUUAAAAAAAAAUCAAUGUUUACAUUGAACAAAGCUGCUUCUGUCUGUGAGUUUCCAUGGUGUUGACCUUCCACUGCCACAUUAGUGUCCUCGCUUCCCACGGGCUGUCCCGGGUGCGCCUCCACGUGCUGGGUCGGUCACCCAUCUCCCCUUCCUUCCCGACCGACUUCCCCUCGUAGACGUGCGGCCGUGUUCGCCAUAACAUUUCUUGUCUGUAGUGUGUGAUGAUGAAAUUGUUACUCGUGAAUAGAAUCAGGAUUAUAAACUCAUUUUUAAUUGAAGAAAAAAAAAGUAUAUCCUUAAAAUAACGUAUUUAUGGCUCAGACAUCCUGUGCCUGGAUUACUGUAUCGCUUCCUUGGUUUUUAACUAUGCACUGUCGUGAGGUGUUUGCCACUGGGCUGCUGUGCUCCCUUCGCCAGAAUGCUCCAGAGGUGCUGGGUGGCCCGUAGGCUGGUCCCCGGGGAGGCGCGGCCUGCAGCCACCACUAGGAGCGGUGGAGAAUGGUUUCUGGGCCUUUUCUGCCAAGACCUGCCCUGUCUCUCAUCAAGCACGUUUGGGUCCAGUUACAAUCAGAGCCCUCAUCUGGUGCCCAGCUCACGCUAGAGUUUGUGCCUGGCCAUGAGCGCUCGAAUCCUUGCGGGCUUGUAAAGAAGGCGGGUGAGCUGUGUUAUUAUUUUCCAGGGAAGGCAGGCAAUGCUCCAAGAGGCAAAAUGACUUGCCCGAGGUCCCACAGCCAGUGAGAGGGCAGAGCAGCGACCCAGCCCAGGCCUCCUGAUUCCUGGUGCCAUGCUCCUGCAGUCACUGGGGUAAAGAUGCAAAGUUUCAGGGGCUGGUGGAGGUGAGUUCAGCUAAAUUGGGCAACAGGCUAGACGCCCACGGGCUCAUUUUAGGGGUUAAGUCAACAGCCAACUCGCCAGCAUUAGGCGAGUUCAAGCUCUGGCAUGUGUCUUGAUCCAGGGGGUCCUGUGGUUUGCCUACACCUGUGGACAUGCCAUCAGAGCUUCAGUGACACACCUGGAGUGGCACAGACAGGCGAUCUGGGAGCAGUCAUCCUUUCUGGGCCAGCCACCAACCCAUCCUACUCCCUUCAGUUUGUCUUUCCCUUUUCCUCAACUGUAAAAUUGUUUGGGUGGCAGGGGGAACAGAAGGGAAUGGGAGGGUUGGGCAUGGUGGGUAAGACAAUCUCCAAGCUCCUUUUCAACUUAGAAAACAUUCUAAUUGGGCUUUACCUUAAAAUUUGUGUUCUUGAGUGAUGUCAAAGCCAUGUCCGACUUGGAUGUUCUGCGGGUGCCUUGGAGGCCAUUGGUGAGGGGGAGCGUGGCCAGCAGGAUGUGAACACAUUGCUUCUGCUUCAGACAGAGCAGCUCCCACUUGAUCUCUUUCAGACAUCAGGGUUCCUUAGGAGGUUUUUGUAUUUAAAAGAAAAGAAAAAAGGUCCUGCUGCUUUAAAAAAAGUUUGAAACUGACUUAUUAAACUAAACAUGCUAAUUUAAUCUAUUGCUAAUGCCAGGCCUAGUCCUUUGAGAAUUGGUAGUUGAUUUUUUUUUUUUUUUUAAGGUGAUCAAAUACCUCAGUAGGUAAACUGGGCUGAUGAGCUUGUCCUGGGUGGUGAGCAUACUUCAAGCCCACGGAGAAGGCUGGAGGAGACAGGCUUUAGAAGGAAUAGAGAAUUUGAGCUCCUGUGUGUCACUAGACCUCUCAGGGCCCCCAUUUUCUUUUCUGUGAAAUGAACUGAGGGGGAGAAUUAGGCAAGUUGAUCUCCAAGGUCCCUGCCAGCUCUAACAGUCUUAGCUUCUGUGAAGGCAGUGUUUAGCUCAAGAUGGCAAAUACAUGGCACAUGUACCACUACUCCCAUAUCCUUGGCCAGUGGCAGACAUAACUAAUUGACCACAGCACUCAUGUUCUUUGAGCCUGGUUGUGUUAUUGGAAUCCUCAACACAGUGCUCUGGGCAGCCAUUACUAAUUGAUCAGAGUUGAACCUAUUUGACAUCCUGGUCUAAUCUUUGAAAUGUUUCCAUCACACAAAAACAUAUGGUGGCUGGGUUUUGUGCUGGCCCAUCCCUGUCUGUCAUGUCCUGAUCUGUGAGA